CUCGCAACAUGGAGUAUGUACAAAGCCCUCAAAAGAAAACAGAAAAUCUUGCUGAAGCAGAAAUACUUCAAAAGGAAUGGAGGUUUGUUACUGCAACAACAUUUAUCUAGCAAUGAAGGUAAUGUUGAAAAAAUUAAGUUGUUUACUUCAAAAGAGAUGAAAAAGGCGACUGAUUCUUAUAAUGAAAACCGAAUCCUUGGUCAAGGAGGUCAAGGGACUGUUUAUAAAGGAAUGCUAAUAGAUGGAAGCAUUGUGGCUAUUAAGAAAUCCAAAAUGGUGGAAGGAAAGAAAUUUGAUGAAAGGAAGGUUGAACAGUUCAUUAACGAGGUGAUAAUUUUAUCUCAAAUUAACCACAGGAACGUGAUUAAGCUUUUAGGGUGUUGCUUAGAGGCUGAAGUUCCUCUAUUGGUGUAUGAGUUCAUCCCAAAUGGUACAUUAUACGAUCUCAUUCAUAAUCAAAAUGAAGAAUUACCAUUGACAUGGGAGAUGCGUUUACGAAUUGCGAUUGAAAUUGCUAACGCCUUGUUCUAUUUGCAUUCAGCUGCUUCUGCUCCUAUUUAUCAUCGAGACAUCAAAUCUAGUAACAUACUUUUGGAUGAUAAAUAUAGGGCAAAAGUAUCAGAUUUUGGAACUUCAAGAUCAGUUGCACUUGAACAAACACAUCUAACCACUCGGGUGCAAGGAACUUUCGGAUACAUGGAUCCCGAAUAUUUUCGAUCAAGCCAAUUUACAGAGAAGAGUGAUGUUUAUAGCUUUGGAGUUGUUCUUAUUGAGCUUUUAACAGGGCAGAAACCCAUCUCCGCAGAACAAUCAGAGCCAGUGAGAAGCUUGGUAUCUUAUUUUUUGCAUUCAAUGCAGGAGAAUUCCUUAUUUAACAUUCUCGAUCCAAUGUUAGAAAAGGAUGGUCCAGAACAGGAGAUUAUAGUUGUGGCUCUACUAGCAAAAAGAUGCUUGAAUCUUAAUGGAAAGAAAAGACCCACCAUGAAACAAGUAGCAAUGGAGCUGGAGUCGAUUAACGCUUCAGGUGGAAAUGUUAUUGAAGACCAUGGUGAUGAAGAAUCUGAAAUAGAUGACAUGAUCCAUUCAUGGGAGACCAAUCCAAGUUGUUCAAUGUCUAGGACAAUUACAACCAACAGUGUAACUUUUCCAUUAAAUUCAUCUUUCUAGUUUCCAACACUCCUUAAACAAUUUCUCUUGAUUGAUAGCCUUUAACUUCUCUAUUUGUCACACUGGUGGAGUCUUGUGGUUGCCCAAGAAUUCAUACUUGUUUCAUUCAAUGUUAUUUAUGUAAUUAUUUUUAAUUUUAAGGGUACUUUUAUUUUAAUUUGUGAGUAUUAAGUAUGGUG